UGAGCGCAUGUCGCAGCCGCUUUGCGCGGACUAACUGCAGCUGUGCGCCGAAGGGCAGCAAACCGAGGACACCGAGCGCAGAAAGAAAUCCAUUUAAAAGCAAACUGAGCUCAAUCCGCGCAUUCAGCUCAGAGUUUAGAAGAUAAUAACGCUCCUAACCCCGGACUCGGAGCAGUAUCACCGCCUCCGCGAAGUUGCGCAAAAACCCGGACUGUUUUUUUUUUUCCUUUUUUUUCCAUUUCCCGCACAGACGCAGACAGCUCCGUCCUGCUCUUCGGCGGCCUCCAUUUUAGCUCCUUGCCCGGUCGGCGCCUCACGUGUCCUGGACUGUCUUCCUCACAUGACCCGUGUGUUUGUCCCCGUGAUCAGCGCUUCCAUCUCCGUAAUUCUGUGUCGUUGAAUAUCGGCGUUUUACACCCGCGAAAGCUUCAUGGAUAUGCUGGAGCAGAGUCUGGACAGUUCGGCGAGUCACGACAAACAGGAAACCGAGGAGGUGGUGCAGCUACAGGAAGGGGAGGCGGUGGGGGCGGACGAGCAGACCGCAGUGACCAUCGCCGGGGUCCCUCAGGCUGCAUUUGCUGACCACAACGUGCAGUACCAGUUUCGUACAGACAGCAGCGGAGGACAGGUGACCUAUCGUGUGGUUCAGGUCACAGAUGACCAAAUAGAAGCAGCAGCUGAUGGGACCGGAGCCGUCAGCGUCGUCUCCACUGCAGCGUUUGCUGGAGCCCCUCAGGCAGUGGCGCAGGCUGUCAUCCAGAAUCCUUUCAGCAACGGCGGCAGUCCUGGCGGGGAGACCGUGGGAGGGGAAACACGGUUUGCUUAUUUCCCCGCAGCCACCGUCAGCGAUGGAACGGCCGUGUCGGUGCAGGCCACUGCCGACCCAGCGAUUACACAGGCAGGAGGACAGUUUUACGUGAUGAUGAGCCCCCCAGAGGUGCUGCAGACGGCAACCCAACGUACCAUUGCGCCACGCACACACACCUACACUGCAGACCUCGGUGAAAGCGAGAUGUUGCAGCAUGGCAGUUCAAACUGGAAAGUAGAUGGUCCACGGGCACCGAGGGAUGAGAGGCGAAGAGCACAGCACAAUGAAGUGGAGAGAAGAAGAAGAGACAAGAUUAAUAACUGGAUUGUCACGCUGUCAAAAAUCAUCCCCGACUGCAGCGUGGACAGCCGAACCGGAGCGAGUAAAGGAGGCAUCCUGUCCAAAGCCUGCGACUACAUCCGCGAGCUGCGCCAGAAUAACCAGCGGCUGCAGGAGAGUUACAAAGAGGUGGAGCGAGUCGAGAUGGACAACGAGCUGCUUAGACAACAGAUUGAAGAGUUAAAGAAUGACAACGCGCUGCUUCGAGCACAGCUGCAGCAGCACGGUAUAGAAAUCAAUGGAGAUGCAACACCUCAGUGACUGUGGACUAGACAAGUGCAGCAUCACAAACACAGUGUCGCAUCCUCCCACUCAGCUGAGCGACACCAGGAGAGGAGAGCGGAGAGAGAAAAAAAAAGAAGAAGAAAGGAGACGAUUCCCACGUGAAAUUGGACCAGAGAAACACAAACACCGAAGGACCGCAAACUUCAAACGUCUCCCCGAAAAGCUGAACGCUCUGAAAUCCGUUAACCGAGUAGCUAACUGAACCUCUCACUUCUGCUUCGAGGAAAUCGACCUCUGCACCGCACCGCCGCGCUCGCGCCAAGCUUUCUUUUUACUUUAAAUUAUGAACCUGCAACAGAAAUUUUAUUUUUACUGCCGUCACCUUUUUAUCAUGAUGCAAACUCCUUCCAUUUUUUUUUUUUUUUUGACAUGCUGUGUUUGAAAGUGCGAAAUGGUCCCAUUUUGAUUUAAUUUAUUAGUGCUUAAGGAAUGUGUACACAGAAAAAAAAAAUAUGUCUCCAGAAAUGAACAAAUAAUGAGCAGAUCAGAUAUUUUGAUCCUGCUCAUGACUGUUACUAAGAAUAUUCUUACUGUCGGUGGAGCUUUUGUUUUAUUUCUGCCUCUCUGCUGUUCCACACACCAGAGCGAGCUCACAGACAUCGUCCAACUUCAUCAAACCUAUAAUAAUUUUUGCCCGAGUGUGGGUCACUUUGACAUCGUGGGCGUGGAGGUUUUUAUUUUUAGUGUAAGGCCUUAAUAGAUGCCUGCUGGAGAGUCUAGGUGUUAACAAAGCUCAGGUAAUUGGGAAGAUGCACUGGCGAGUGGUUCCCACGUUCAAUGACGUCCUUAUAUAAAGAAUUUAGCUCUCGUGUGUGUGUCCCCGUUACGUGCAGUGUACAGAUAACAGAUGAUUUUUCAAGGUGAAUCAUCUCAGUCGGGCAUUAAACCAUGGUUUGGUUGUGUAUCUGCUUAAUAGGUCACUGGAAUACAGGUGAGAGCGUGUGAGGUGCUGGUUUGAAACCAUCCUCUGCUCUGGCCCACCAGUCCUGCUGCAUUUUGGUGACUUUUUCUUUUCCCUUUAUUCCUUCCUGCUCACACUUUGGGAACCACUGCUGCUGAUUCAUGACCACAGAACAGCCGUGGUCAGGGAGGGGAUUAGAGUGAUAUAGUUAUACCUAACUAGAUUUUUGUCUACACUGAAAGUCACCACAGCAUGGAAAUAUAACCACUGGCAUGACUAAUUCUGA